AUGACUGAAUUUCUUAAUUAUAAAGUUGAUUUAACAUUAAAGGAUGGAACAAAAUCAACUGGUUUAAUUUCCCAGGUCGACAGUCAACAAAUUAGACUUUCGAAUGCUAUUCAAUCUAUCCAACCCAAGCAAACCAUUCCAUAUUUGGAUAUUAAAAGUUCUGAAAUUUCUGAUUUAAAAGUAAUUCAAUUACCUCCAGAUUUUAAACAACAACAGAAAAAGAAGCUGAAACCAAGAAAUGGUGAAUUGAUUGAUGAUGCAAUAGUAUUUGCCUCAAAACCAGGAACACCUCGAGUACACACUCCGAAAUUGAAAACUCUGAAACCUCAUGCCGUUUCAGCAGGUUCAGAACAAGCAGAUUGGGAUAACUCUAGUGAUGUACAAGAUAUAAAAAGUUCCAAUGAUUUUGAUUUCCAAGCUAAUCUAGCCAUGUUUGAUAAGAAAUCAGUAUUUGCCGAUUUUCAAAAACGGGAUCACACCAACAUUAGUGAUAGAUUGGUGGGGCAUAAUAAAGUUGAAAAUGUCAAUAAAUUGAAAAAGGAAAAAUAUGACAAUGACGAAAUGGUUUUAGAUCAAAAUAGAACUGACAAUUGGGAUAAUAUUGGAACUGCAACCACUAGUAAGACCGGCACUCCAGUAAUUCAUCAAAAUGGAUAUAAAGAUACACAACAUCAACAUUUGAAAUUAAUCAAUGCUAACAAUUUAAGUAAUGUUGCCUUGGCGUCUCCAGUACAAUUGUUAGAAAUUGAAAGAUUAGCAACAGAUUCAUUUGGAAUUACCCAGGCAAUGAUGGCUGAAGUAUGUGCCAUUAAUUUGAGUCAAUUAAUUAUGGAAUCCAUACUAGGAGGAGCGUCAAGGUUAAGUAAUAAAAAGAAUCACAAUCUACCACCAUUAGUUUUGUUGCUUAUUGGUAGUGGUAGAGGAGGUAGUCGAGCUUUUGCCACGGGUCGUCAUUUAACCAACCAUGGUGUUAGAGUGUUGGCAUUUAUGAUAAAUACUAUUGAUGUUGAUGCAGACUUAGAACAACAAUGGAAAUUAUUUGAAUUGGCGGGAGGCAAAGUAAUGAUUUCCAAUAUUGUUGAGUUGUUAGAUAUUGUUAAUAAUCAACUAGAUACCCCAGUGGAAAUUAUAAUAGAUGCAUUACAAGGGUAUGAUGAUCACUUGGAAGAUAUAUUUUAUCAAGAUGAAGAUCAAGCUACUUUGAAGAAAUUGAUGAAAUGGUGUAAUGAACCACAACAACAAAAUAAAAUAAUGUCAUUGGAUAUACCUUCAGGUAUUGAUGGUGGGUCCGGUACUUUACUGGAUGAUUCAUUGAAAUUGAAUUGUCGGUGGUGUAUUUCAAUGGGGUUACCAUUAUCAGGAAUUAUACUUGCAUAUAAAAAUGGGAACAUGUCUUUGAUAGAUGGUGAUAUUAUACAUUAUUUGGUUGAUGUUGGUAUACCGAAUAAAGUUUACUCUAGUAAAGGAAACUUGCGUAAAUUUGACAAAUUUUGGUAUAGUUCUGAAGCCAGCAUUAAACUUGAAGUAUCUGAGAAAUAG